AUGUCCGAGACCCGACUCCAGAUCUUUAAAAUGCAGACUGCUGUGCUCCUCUCUCUGCUCUUCUUCUCUGCGGCUUUUGCAGCCCCAGCAGAAGACCUUAACACUGAACCCCUGAAAACUGAAGACCUGAAGACUGAACCCCUGAAGCCUGAAGACCUGAAAACUGAAGACCUGCAGGCUUUUGAAGCAGCUCCUGAAGAACAGCUGCCUCUUGUCGCAGAUUCUGCUUCUGAAGAUGCUCCUGAAGGUCGUAACGCAUGUCCCGUCGGUUGGUAUUCUCACAAUGGUCGCUGCUACUCACUGAUUGUCAACGCUCCCAAGAGCUGGUACGACGCUCAGGAGCACUGCCGCCAGAUGGGAGCUAACCUGGCCUCAGUCUUCAACCCCUCAGACUACAAGUUCAUGCAGCAGAUGAUACAGCCCACCGGCCAUAGCGAGGCUUGGAUCGGGGGCUUCUACCUCCAGGACCGUUGGAUGUGGAUCGACGGAUAUGCCAUGCACUAUCAGUACUGGCACAUUCAGUACUCUGGUUCCAGUUACUCCUGUGUUUACCUGCAGAGCACCAGCGGCUGGGUCAACACUUCCUGUGACAAAUCUCACCGCUUUAUCUGCUCCAAGAGCGCAUUCUCUUGUUAA